CUCAACUAUUCGCUGCAUACCCGCUGUGUUUUCUUUUGUUGCCUGUCCUCCCUGCAGCCUAAACACACUACCCCCAUUCAACAUGGAGGGAAAGACUGGCGUCUGAUGCAGCCUUAGAAUGAUUUUUAAACAUCUUAAAGUUGUGGUUCUUGGUGUGGACGGCCCUUUGCAAACAUGAUGUCAGACAGCUGAUGGUUUAGAUUCAGUGUGCACUGACUGACAAGUCCAUCCGGAGCCAGAACUUCUCCUCCGAGUUGGUGACGCUGUGGUAACGCACUCCCCGACGUCCUGCUGGGAUCUACUCCACCACUCUGGACAUCUGGUCAGACUCAUUAAAUCUAUAGAAAGCUGUGUUGAAAAAGGGUCUGAUAGAAUUUAAGACUGCACCAAUACUUUAUAAAGCACAAAAAGCAAUCUGUGGGUUCUCAGCGGAUGUGUUUGCGUUGUGAAUAAAGUUGAGUGUGUUUGAAUGUCAGGGGAGCAGGCUGCAUCUUGGUGGAGAUGCUGCAGGGAGCGCCGGCGUUCCCCGGAGACUCUGACAUCUUCUAACAACUCCAGAAGAUCUAGACGGUGAGACACACAUUCAUGUUUCAUCUGUGUAAUUUGUUAACAAUAGCUGUGUUGGAAACUGUUCCCUCAUUCACUCCCUCACUCUUCCCUACAUAGUGUUUAUUAAAUAGUGAACUAUUUGUGUGACGGAGGCAUCGUGUAAACAAACGGAAACAGAAAUACUUCUAAUACGUCUCUAAAACAAAGCGAGCACCCAGGAGGAGAGUUAAAGGUUGUAUAUGUGAUGGUUGGGGCUGGCUGUUAGUUUUCUGUUUUCUUUUCUGUUUUGUUUCCCAUUGGGUUUCCUGCCAUUUUCUCUGUUUUCCCUGCCUCUCUCUGUUUCUCUCUUGUUUUCACUUCCCCCCUGCCUGCACCGGCCAUUGACUUCCCACACCUGCUCGUCAUCUCAUCAUCGCCUCUCCUAGUUACCGUAAUCACCUGCCAAUCAGCGCCAAUCAAGACCAGUACUUAAACCCCGGAUCCACUCACCAUCUUUACUUGAUCGUUGUUUCAGCCACCCUGCCAUCCGCUUCACCCCGCUCUGCUCAGCUGGCCUACCCACCCUGUCCCCUCCUACAAACCAGGAUUCUUUCCGUCUCCUCUUCUGUACUCCUCUUCCUCCUGAUGAAGCUGAAACAGGUUUGCUGUUUUGCUGUCAGAGACAAAGGUUUCAGUUGACACACACACAAUAACAUAUAUCGGUGUCCCAGAGGUCUUCCAGGUCGAGCUGCAGCAUGAGAAACCCUCCAAUCAGAGCAGUCAACUACAUCUCUGCACCUGCAUGGCGGAGGCUAGAGAGAGGGGGGAGUUUGGGUUCUUCAUUUUCUGUUGACAAGUUCCACAGCAAACUCAAAGGACCCAUCAGAGACAAGACCCUGCUGAACCUGAACCUGAACCCAGAUGUGUGUCAAUGAAGAGUGUCCGGUCCAUGGAGACACCACUACUUUAAAAAAAGAAGGCGACCUGUAAUGGAGAUUAGAAUGGAGAAAAGUGUGAGGGAGCGAAUUGAAAUGGUGGAGAGGAGAAUUGAAAUGGAGGAGAGGAGAAUUGAAAUGGAGAGGAGAAGAUGGAGGACCAGACCAGAGUCUGCUGAAUCUGGAUAUGGAUCCAGCGGUGUGUCCUUCAAGAGUGACCGGUCAUGUGAUUUUAAAUGUGUUUCUGACAAAAAGAUCCAGCAGCAGAGAACAGAGUCUUCUGAACCUGAACCCAGCUGUUUGUCCUUCAAGAGCAAACGGUCAAACAAUUUUUUUAUUGAAUUUAAACAAAGACAUCCAUCUUACAGAAAGACCCAGCUGAGACCUAAGUCACCUGAACCUGAACCUGAACCUGAACCCAGCUGUGUGUCCUUUAAGAGCCAAUGUUCACAUGAAGGCCUCAUUAACUUUAAAGGAGAGCAACCCUCUGCUGAAAAGAGAGUGGACCAGGAGAGCUCAGAGGUUCCCAGUGGUCAGUCUGCCCAGCAGCAUCAAACACACCUGGACUCCAUAUUUAUGCUGCUGGAGGAGAACAUCAUCACUUUUGUGAAGAACGAGCUGAAGAAGAUCCAGAAAGUUCUGUGUCCCGAUUACCCAGAAUGCUCAGAGAGUCAGAGGAAGGGUGAGGAUGAAGAGCAGAGGAGCAGAAAGGCAUUUCUAAAGAUCACACUGCACUUCCUGAGGAGAAUUAAGCAGGAUAAGCUGGCUGACCGUCUGCAGAGCAGAAGUCAUACUGGAGUUUGUAAGCGUAAACUCAAAUCUCACCUGAACAAGAAGUUUCAGUGUGUGUUUGAGGGGAUUGCUAAAGCAGGAAUCCGAACCCUUCUGAAUCAGAUGUUCACAGAUAUCUACAUCACAGAGGGAGGGACUGCAGAGGUCAAUGAUGAACAUGAGGUCAGACAGAUUGAAACAGCAUCCAGGAAACCAGACAGACCAGAAACAACAAUCAGACAAGAAGACAUCUUUAAAGCCCAACCUGGAAGAGAUGCACCAAUCAGAACAGUGAUGACAAAGGGAGUGGCGGGCAUCGGGAAAACAGUCUUAACACAGAAGUUCACUCUGGACUGGGCUGAAGGCAAAGCCAACCAGGACAUCCAGUUCACAUUUCCAUUCACCUUCAGAGAGCUGAAUGUGCUGAAAGAGGAAAAGUACAGCUUGGUGGGACUUGUUGAUUACUUCUUUAGUGAAACCAAAGAAGCAGGAAUCUGUAGGUUUGAAGAGUUCCCAGUUGUGUUCAUCUUUGAUGGUCUGGAUGAGUGUCGACUUCCUCUGGACUUCCGCAACACUAAAAUCCUGACUGAUGUUACAGAGUCCACCUCAAUGGAUGUGCUGCUGACAAACCUCAUCAGGGGGAAUCUGCUUCCCUCUGCUCGCCUCUGGAUAACCACACGACCUGCAGCAGCCAAUCAGAUCCCUCCUGAGUGUGUUGACAUGGUGACAGAGGUCAGAGGGUUCACUGACCCACAGAAGGAGGAGUACUUCAGGAAGAGAUUCAGAGAUGAGGAGCAGGCCAACAGAAUCAUCUCCCACAUCAAGAUAUCACGAAGCCUCCACAUAAUGUGUCACAUCCCAGUCUUCUGCUGGAUCACUGCUACAGUUCUGGAGGACGUGUUGAAGACCAGAGAGGGAGGAGAGCUGCCCAAGACCCUGACUGAGAUGUACAUCCACUUCCUUGUGGUUCAGUCCAAAGUGAAGAACAUCAAGUAUGAUGGAGGAGAUGAGACGGAUCUACACUGGAGUCCAGAGAGCAGGAAGAUGAUGCAGUCUCUGGGAAAACUGGCUUUUGAGCAGCUGCAGAAAGGUAACCUGAUCUUCUAUGAAUCAGACCUGACAGAGUGUGGCAUCGAUAUCACAGCAGCCUCAGUGUACUCAGGAGUGUUUACGCAGAUCUUUAAAGAGGAGAGAAGACUGUACCAGGACAAGGUGUUCUGCUUCGUCCAUCUGAGUGUUCAGGAGUUUCUGGCUGCUCUUCAUGUCCAUCUGACAUUCAUUAACUCUGGAUUCAACCUGCUGUCAGAAGAACAAAUAACAUCAAUACGUUUCUACCAGAGUGCUGUGGACAAGGCCUUACAGAGUCCAAAUGGACACCUGGACUUGUUGCUUCGCUUCCUCCUGGGUCUUUCACUGCAGACCAAUCAGAAUCUCCUACAUGGUCUGCUGACACAGACAGGAUGUAGCUCAGAGACCAAUCAGGAAACAGUGGAGUACAUCAAGAAGAAGAUAAGUGAGAAUCUGUCUGCAGAGAAAAGCAUCAAUCUGUUCCACUGUCUGAAUGAACUGAAUGAUCGUUCUCUAGUGGAGGAGAUCCAACAGUACGUAAGUUCAGGAAGUUUCUCCAAAGAUGAUCUGUCUCAUGCUCAGUGGGCAGCUCUGGUCUUCAUCUUACUGUCAUCAGAAGAAGAUCUGGAUGUGUUUGACCUGAAGAAAUACUCUGCUUCAGAGGAGGCUCUUCUGAGGCUGCUGCCAGUGGUCAAAGCCUCCAACAAAGUUCUACUGAGUGGCUGUAAUCUGUCAGAGAGAAGCUGUGAAGCUCUGUCCUCAGUUCUCAGCUCCCAGUCCUGUAGUCUGAGAGAGCUGGACCUGAGUAACAACAACCUGCAGGAUUCAGGAGGGAAGCUGAUCUCUGUUGGAUUGAAGAGUCCACACUGCACACUGGAGACUUUAAGACUGACUGGCUGUAACCUGUCAGAGAGAAGCUGUGAAGUUCUUUCCUCAGUUCUCAGCUCCCAGUCCUGUAGUCUGAGAGAGCUGGACCUGAGUAACAACAACCUGCAGGAUUCAGGAGGGAAGCUGAUCUCUGUUGGACUGAAGAGUCCAUGCUGCACACUGGAGACUCUCAGGGUGGAGCCUGCUGGAGUCAGAUGGUUGACACCAGGUCUGAGGAAGUAUUCCUGUGAACUCACACUCGACACAAACACAGUGAACAGAAAACUCAAACUGUCUGACAACAACAGGAAGGUGACAUGUGUGCAGGAGGAGGAUCAGCCAUAUCCUGAUCAUCCAGAGAGGCACCCGUCCAGAUUGCAGGACAACAUGAUGCCGAUGUCUCCUGACGACUACAAAGUUCUGUCCCAGUACGUCAGUCCCAGAGACAUCGACGCUGUGGCCAACAAUCUGAUUUCUGGAUUUGGACAGUUUGACGUUCAGAUGAGUGCAGAGUUCCCGGACCAAAACUGGGUUUCUUCACUUCACAAUGUCUUUUCUUCUUUCUGUCAUGCCAUACACUCUUUAUUGGCGAUGGAAAGACCUUGACACUGUCCGAUUACGGGACCAGGAUAAAGGUCAGUGAAGUAACCGCUCCCCUAGAGCCGAAAGCCCCACCUGGACGACAUCAACAUUAUAUUAGUGAGGAUAAACAUUCAUACAGCUUGAACUUGCCUGUUUUGGAGAUUUUCACCAUCAUCAUCAAAGUAAUCCAGUAAUCCCUGUUAAUGUUAAAAUUGCCAUUCCUUCCCUAGAUAAUUUAUUUUUAGACAUAACCCCUGUACAUAUAGAUUCUUUUUUUCCUCUCCAUUAAAUGUGAACCUCAAACUUCUGAGCAGUCGUAACUGUAAAACGGUGGAAUUAAAGAAUGAUUCUGCAUGCCUAUAUCAUUUGGUAGCAAAAACUGUGAGCUUAAAGCAUGAUUUUUACAGCAAUCUGAAAAUGUGUUCUAUUACAAAAAAUGUAUGCGGU